AUGGCGUCAUCCCUUCCUGCUGCUAAGCAGCAGCUGAGGAAGCUUGUGAAGCAGAAGCUCUCCACGAUAUCACAGGAUUCCAUUACUACUCAGAGCCGUUGUAUCUUUGAGUCUCUGAAAGAGCUUCAGCCUUACAAGGAUGCUAGACGCAUCAGCAUCUACCUGGCCAUGCCUACCGCUGAGGUCCAGACAGAUGCCAUUGUUCGUCAUGCACUGGGUGCUGGCAAACAGGUCUUUGUUCCCUACCUUCACAAGUCGCCUUUCCAAACGCCGGACACUCCGUCGCGCGUAAUGGAUAUGGUCCAUCUGGAAAACAUACAGGACUACGAAAGCCUCAAGCUGGACAAGUGGGGGAUCCCAAGCGUGGAUCCGGCCACUGCUGAUGCAAGGAAACGUAUACUAGGCGUCUCUGAUGUUGAGGCUCCUGACCCAGCCAUUCUCGACUUCAUUGUCGUCCCGGGCGUCGCCUUUGACUUUGAUGAAUCAGGGUCCAUUCGGCGUCUUGGUCACGGCAAAGGGUUUUAUGACUUCUUUAUUAACAGGUACAUGGCCAAGCUCGAGUCAAAGGGCAUCGCUCAGCAAAAUCCCUUGCACUUGUAUGGUCUAGCUUUGAAGGAACAGAUGGUCCCUGCGACAUCGGAGCACCAGAUUCCAACAGACACUCACGACCGUAGACUCAACGGCCUUGUUAUCGGCGACGGUGAGAUCAAGCAUGGGGUUCACGAGGCGUCUACUUCACGAUAUCCGUUACAAGAUCUUUAG